UCGAAAACAUCGCACUGAUGUGGUUUCUGUCAGGUUUUUGUAAAAAAAUUGCAAAUUUUUAAUUACUAUUUCUCUUACUAAAAACAGUGGUUGAGAAUAGAUAAAAUUGAUUAUAUUAUAUAAAUUAAAUCUGCCGAAUCAGCAAUAAAUCUUUGGAAUUAGGAAAAAACUACGAUGAAUUCGUUAACCAACAGUAAAACAGUUUUCAUUAUUUGUCGACUAUGCUUGACCGUACGAAAAAGGAGUGAGCGUAUCUUUGAUGGCGACAACAAAUUGCUUCCCCAAUGGAUCGAAGAGCUCACAAGUUUGAAGAUAACCUUCACCCCAAAUGCACCAGCAUCGUUGUGUUUGGAGUGUAAAUCCAAUCUGGAAGAUUUCGCAACAUUCCGAGAAAUGUGCAUCAGCAACGAUCGAUUAUUCUACGAAACUUUUAUCACAAAAGCCGUACCGGAUGUAGACAAUGUAGAAGACCAAGGAGCUGAAUUGAUCGUACCAGAUGUUCCUGAUGUAGGUGCUACCAAUAAGGUAGCUAGCCAUAUUGUUUCAGUACAGAAAGAAAUGGCAAAUCAAGUUGGGCACAACAAUGAUUCAAUGAAUCUGAAUGAUGUUGGUAAAGCUGAUUUACAAGUCCAGGCCAAUAAGAAAACCAUUGCUGUUCGAGAAAGACAAAAGCGCAAGUUUUGCAAGAUUUGCAAAAAAAAAGUCUCUCAACUACAUCUUAAGCUUCACCAGAUAGAUGGAACAUUCAAGUGCUCGGAAUGCCCAAAAAUAUUUGCUCGAUAUAUUGCAGCCUACACUCAUUAUAUGAAAGUUCAUUCAAAAUCGGCAACCUAUAAAUGUAAGCUGUGUCAGAAGGCGUUCAUUUAUCCUCAGUGUUUGCAGACACAUAUACUUUCUCACGUCGAGAAUAACACGUUUUCCUGUUCGCAAUGCAAUGAACAGUUCACUCAUGCUUAUCUUUUGAAGCGUCAUCAUCAAGUUGAACAUACUAUACGGACGUACCUAUGCAAUAUAUGCCCUGCUACAUUUGACCACCCCAGUAAACUACGAACUCAUGUGAAUAAAAAGCAUUGCACUGUCAGCACAGCUUUGAAAAAUGUCAAGCGAACAAAACUCUCGGGAUCUUAUGCAUGUGACCAAUGUGAUGCUACCUUUGCACUUAGCUCGAGUGUAGUGCGCCACAAAAGGGAUGCCCACCACGAUGAACAUUAUUGUACGCACUGUGAGUUGGAAUUCAGCUCGGAGGAACAGUUAGCGAUUCACAAACAGUCGGAAGAACAUCUGCAGCGAUCAAAUAGUUUUGUUAUAGCUGAGGAUUCGAAUUCAGAAAAUAAUACAGAAACGGAACCGAUAUCUUCAACACAGCGAUUGGACUCUGAUCGAACUCAAGAUGAACAAACAGUAGCUGUUGGGGAAAUUAAAAUCGAAAUACCAGAAAUCAGAGGAGUAACAGCUCCCAUCGAUUUUGUUAACAGCCCAACAGAUACAUCAAACGUACAGAAACUACAAAAAAGAAUAAAGAUUAACAGCAAAGGAGGAAAAAGCAUCGUAAAGCAAGAGGACGAAGAUGGACGUUCACUAAAGUUCUGCUCAUUUUGUGCCACUGAAACCACUCCAAUGCACGUCCUAGCGCACCAGGGAGAGCACGUCUUCAGGUGCAACCGGUGCACGGCUUCAUGCGACAGUUACGAUAACCUUAUGAAGCACUUGAGGUCCCACAAGAAGACAGAUAAAUUUGUUUGCCAAUUGUGCAGGUCGUCUUUCAAACUACGCAAACAUUUUGUGAAGCACCAACUGAUGCACACGAAGUUGUCGAAUGCAGUGACCAACGCAUAUCCCUGUACGAAAUGUGAAAAGCAGUUUGCAAAUUGUCAAUCACUUAAAUUACACACGAAGAGAGUCCACAAGGAAGUGUUUGUUUGUGAUGUUUGCGGGGAAAAGUUCCGAAGACGUUCCAAGUUGGCAGCUCACUUGAAACUUGUUAAGGUUCAUGAUCCUAAAUGUAGAAAAUGUCGCCUGAUUUUCCCCACGAAAGAACAGCUUGAGAUUCAUACCAGAUUUAUGCACCCAGAGCUAGUUGAUAGUUCUGUGGAACAGCAACCGAAUAAACAAAGCCCAAUUGAGGAAUUCACCGAAAAGAAACUAAAUAUUCAUAGUGUUUAAAUACAACGCGAUUCAAAGCUUUUGCAUAAACAAAUUUUAAGAAGGCAACCUUUUUUUUUCCUAAUUUUAUUUGCAGUUUUAAGUUUUUUAGAAAAAGAUUAUUUCUGCAGGUGAGUAUAGAUUAGAUUGCACACGUGCACUCUAUAGGCAACUGAUCCAUGUAAAGUUUCUGUUUUCAUUCUUCAUUUAAUAGAUAUUAUCCAAAUAUAUAUAUACAAAUAAAAA